UGGUGGAACAUUUCUGAGGUCAAAGUUUAACUUCCGUGUCACACAGCUAACAUGGCGGAUAAAGAAAAGAAGAAAAAGGAGAGCAUCUUCGACUUGUCAAAGUACAUCGACAAGCCGAUUCGUGUGAAGUUUCAAGGAGGACGAGAGGCCAGCGGUGUCCUGAAAGGAUUUGAUCCUCUGUUGAACCUGGUGUUGGACGGCACAAUCGAGUAUAUGCGUGAUCCAGAUGACCAACUGAAGCUGACAGAAGACACCAGGCAGCUGGGGCUGGUGGUCUGCAGAGGAACCUCCGUAGUGCUAAUCUGUCCUCAGGACGGCAUGGAGGCCAUACCAAACCCGUUCAUACAGCAACAGGACGGCUAACACUCACAGCUGGACGCCUGCUGAGUUACAGACACACACAUACACACACAGCCAUGCACAGGUUUAAAUAUUUUGUGAGGGUUUUUGUUGUUUUAAUUUGUUUUAAUCAUAACAGUAAUAAUGCAUACAACAAAGCAGUUUUCUGUUGUUGAAAAUCAUAAGUUGAAUCAUAAGCAAUAGGACAUGUAUAAGCACUUCACAUUUGUUUGUUUGUGGUGUGCAAAUUUUCAGAGAUUUGAGUUAAGAGCCCACAAGUAAGGGAAGUGUUAAGAGUGUAGUUUUCUUUUUAUCCAGAAUAAGUAAACUUUUUACUAUUCUUUGUUGUUUUUGAUAAGAAAAUAAAAGGAAAAUGUACGUUGGGCCUUUGUUCACCCUUGUCCUUGUACAUUUAGGGUGUAUGGACUGAGAGCUAGAUGGCAGAAUAAGAAAACUAUUUUAACAAGUUAGCUGUCGUCUAGAGUCAAACAGCACAGCUGUCUGUCCACUGUCCAUUUGUAUUUUGUACAGUUAGACUGUCACAUUCCUCUGCAGCUCAGUGUCAUUGCUGCCUGACGUGGCC